CUAUCCUUUAGUUAAACCAGCUUUAAGUGGUGUUUAAAUAGUUUCAGUGCAAGCAUUAUGUAAAAGUCUGCCUCAAAAUUAGUUUAUCAUUAAAUAACUCAGCUUCACGGGAAAGGGAGUAAAGGAAGGAGGGGUAGAGAGGACACAGAAAAGGAAGAUUUAUUUAACUGGCUUCUGACACACAGACAAAUCUGAAGUCAGAAAUAGUGACAGAAUACAGUCUUCAUACCCUGCAGACUCUGUGGUCAGUUACUUAAUUUUUCUCAGGUUUAUUCAGAGGCAAACACAUGCCAAAGGAUGCUGUGUGAAGUACACAGAUUCUCUGGAAAGUCUUGAGGCCCCAUGCAGGGCUGAGAUACUGACAGACAGGCAACCUAAAUUGAGUAACUCCUCCAGACUGCAGCGGUCCCCUGGGUGCAGCCACAUCCUUGGCUCAUGCCACAUGUCCCUGUGCCUGCAUCUCUGGCCAGCAGACUCCUGCUCACCCGGUGCGGGGGGCUCGGAAUCUGCCUGCCCCAGCAUUCUGAGCAGUUAGUAGGGGUUGAGGUGCCCUCCUUGUCUGCCAGUACACUCCUCCUCUACAGGUCAUCAUGGAGGCAUAGUGCAUUUCCAAGAGGCUCACCGAAGACCCACCUGCCCAGUGAUUUUGACUGCAUAGAAACAUCUCUUUGCCUGGAUUCAAUGGAACAUAAACAGUCUUGGGCUACAGGACAAUUACCAGCACUGGAAAACAUUACUCAGCACAGACAGACUACAGUAUUAAAGGCAUGUAUUAGGACGGGCAAACAAGGAUUGGGUCUUAUAAUCAUACAGAAUGGACCAUAUCUCCAGAUAAUGUGCCUGGUUGAGAAAAGCUCUGCAGCUAAAGAUGGAAAGCUGAAACCAGGUGAUGUUCUAAUAAAGAUUGGACAUGCUGACGUUUUAGGAUGUACUCUGCAAGAGCUUGGGAAACUCCUGCUCAAUAUUCCUGUAGGGACUACUCUACAAAUCAGGGUUUACAGAGAUUUUAUUGAAGUACCUCAACACUGGCAGAGUGCAGUUGAAUUAAUUCCUGAAAUAAAGCUUCCUGUGACAACAGCAGACACAAGUGAAGACACUGAGGACGAAGACACGGGGACCAGUAGUGAUGAUGAUACAGACUCGGAAACUUUUCAGUAUACAUCUUCCCAGUCAUCUUGUUCUGAGUUUACUCAUGAAUUACCAUCAAUAUACAAGAUUUGGUAUGUAUCUGAUACAAUCCAGACACUUACAGAAGGGAGAGACAGUGGGUGUGACAUUGUUCUUCAUAAUGAUGUUGACGCACUGUGCAAUUCUGAGUUUGAUGCUAGUGGUGUUGGACCUCCUUCAUACCGGACUGUGGAAAACAGUGAGACCAGUUCCUCUUCUUCCCAUUCUUCUGUAUAAGACACAACCUGUCUGAAGGAAUUUGCCUUUGCUUUGGAAUAAUUCAAAACUUUGACUUCUUCAAAAGUUGAUUUUUUUUUUAAUACAUGCCUAAACUUCCAAAAACACAGAAGUCCUAGCAUAUUUAAAAUUAUAUGAUAGCUAUACAAAUCUGUUUUAGCAGUGCCCUCCCACCUCUCAAAGGUGUCUACCAAUGCUAGUUGUGGACAAGACGCUACAAAACACUUCCACCUCUACUAGUCCCAGAUUAAGAGGAGUUGCAAGCUCUAAGAAGCUAUAAUAUAGUUAUUUUUGAAAGUAAGUUUCUUCAUUUAUGCAACACAAGGAUGGUGCAGAUACAAAGUUUAUCAAGAGCUUUUCCUGUUCCUAUACAAGAAUACAUAGACAACCAGUAAUGAUUACAAGGUUUAUCUG